GCCGACGAUUGGUGCUGUCGCUACGUCGCUAGUCCAGGUCCAGACAGUCCAGUCAACCGGAUAAGCACAGACAACUAUGGAACCGAUCGCACGUCUUGUCAAAGUGUCCAUCCCGAAUUAUCUGGCUGGGCUACCGAUACCUGAUUCGAUAGGCGGAUGGUUCCGAUUGGGAGUGAAGGAUUGGUUCGCUCUUGUUCCAUCCACUGCCUUUCUAGUAGGUAUGGGAUAUAUGUCCUACAGAGCGUUUUGUCCUCAUGGCAGACCUAUGCCACAUGGUCGUGUUAAUCUCAAAAUAAAGAAAGAUAUUGCAAAAGUAGUGGACACUGUUGAUAUCGAAGAUAUCUCUGAAAAAGCUGUAUUUUGUCGCUGUUGGAGAUCUGAAAAUUGGCCAUACUGUGAUGGUACUCACGGACGUCAUAACAACGAAUGCAAUGACAAUGUGGGUCCACUCAUCGUCAAGAAGAAAGACUAGUUACCAUCACAUUGACUAAUUACUAUUAUUGGUAAUUUCUUAUCGCUGUAAGAUAGCUAUUUACGCGCCAUGUUGUAGAUAAACAUAUGAGGAAUCAGAUAAAUGAAUCUUCAUCUUCCUCGGUAGAUAAAUUAUACAAAACAAUGUCAAUCGAUUUAUUUUUUAAGAAAAAAAUUUGUUUCUGAGGGAAGGGAAAAUUUUUUAAUAAAUUUAUUUCUGUAAUAUA